AUGAGAUCUUUAACUUUUGAUAGAGUAUGCCCUUUAAUUUACUGUCUUCUCUUGCACGUUCACCUACUUUCAUCACAAAAUUACUUUCCACAUUUUGCUUCUGCUAGUUCAACUACUGAAGCGGAGGCUCUUCUCAAAUGGAAAGCCAGCUUUCUAAAUCAAACCUCUCAUAAUAACCAGCUCAAGGAUUGGAUUUACCUUCCCAAGAGUUCUGAUACCAAUGCCACCAAUUCUUCCAGCACCCCCAAAGCAAACGGAAGCCCAUGCAUUUGGACUGGUAUUUCAUGCAAUGCUGCUGGAAGAGUCACCAACAUAACCAUUGCCAGUUCCGGAAUACAAGGUAUGCUACAUGAAUUUUCAUUCUCAUCCUUCCCCUGUCUUGAAUAUCUUGAUCUCAGCUUCAAUAAACUCUUUGAUGUUAUCCCACCUCACAUCAGUUUCCUCUCCAAACUCUUUCAUCUUGACCUCUCCAAUAACCAGUUAUCCGGGAGAAUUCCACCAAAAAUUGGUCUUCUCAGAAAUCUUACCUCUCUCCAUCUCCACAGAAAUAAUCUUUCUGAUGAUAUUCCUCCUUCAUUAGGGAAUCUUAAAUCACUUGUGAAUCUAUCAAUGAGCUACAAUCUACUCAAUGGUUCAAUUCCAGCAUCACUUGGUGGGCUCAUAAACAUUACCAUACUCUACCUCGGUAAAAAUAACCUCUCUGGCACCAUCCCAAAAGAGUUAGGGAACCUAAAAUCUUUGGUAGAUCUGCAGUUGAGCAUCAAUCGACUCAGUGGAUCAAUUCCAAAAACAUUGGGUGAUUUGACCUACCUUACCACUCUUUAUCUUUAUUCAAAUAAUCUCUCUGGCACCAUUCCAAAAGAGCUAGGGAACCUGAAAUCUAUGGUGGAUCUACGGUUGAGCUUCAAUCAACUCAAUGGUUCAAUUUCAAAAACAUUGGGUGAUCUGACCAACCUUACCACUCUUUAUCUUAAUUCAAAUAAUCUCUCUGGCACCAUUCCAAAAGAGUUAGGGAACCUCAAAUCUUUGGUGGAUCUAGAGUUGAACACCAAUCAACUCAGUGGUUCAAUUCCAAAAACAUUGGGUAAUUUGACCAACCUUACCACUCUCUAUCUCUACAGAAAUAAUCUUUCUGGUGUUAUUCCUCCUUCAUUUGGGAAUCUGAAAUCACUUGUGAAUCUAUCAAUGAGCUAUAAUCUACUCAAUGGUUCGAUUCUAGCAUCACUUGGUGAUCUCAUAAACAUUACCAUACUCUACCUUGGUAACAAUAACCUCUCUGGCACCAUUCCAAAAGAGUUAGGAAACCUAAAAUAUUUGACGGAUCUAUCGUUGAGUACCAAUCAACUCAGUGGUUCAAUUCCAAAAACAUUGGGUGAUCUGACCAACCUUACCACUCUUUAUCUUUAUUCAAAUAAUCUCUCUGGUACCAUUCCAAAAGAGUUAGGGAACCUGAAAUCUUUGGUGAAUCUACAAUUGAGCAACAAUCAACUCAGUGGUUCAAUUCCGACAGCAUUGGGUGAUUUGACCAACCUUACGACUCUUUAUCUUUAUUCAAAUAAUCUCUCUGGUACAAUUCCAAAAGAGUUAGGGAACCUGAAAUCUUUGGUGAAUCUACAGUUGAGCACCAAUCAACUCAGUGGUUCAAUUCCGACAACAUUAGGUGAUUUGACCAACCUUAUGACACUUUAUCUCCAUUCAAACAACCUCUCUGGCACCAUCCCAAAAGAUCUAGGGAACAUGAAAUCUUUGGUAGCUUUACAGUUGAACACCAAUCAACUCAGUGGUUCAAUUCCAAAAACAUUCGGUGACUUGCAUAACUUGAAAAAUUUAUACCUCUUUGGCAACCAGCUUUCUGGCUUCAUCCCUCAAAACCUAGGGAAUACCCAAAAAUUGACAGUAUUGGAUCUAGAUAACAACCACUUUUCGGGUUAUUUGCCACAGAACAUUUGCCGAGCUAGAUCUCUUAUACGCUUUACAGCACAUAACAACCAUCUAAUUGGCCCAAUCCCAAAGAGCUUGAAAAACUGCACAAGCUUAUUCAGAGUCCGUCUUGAAGGGAACCAAUUGAUAGGCAACAUAUCUGAAGACUUUGGUGUUUAUCCUAGUCUCAAUUUUAUUGAUGUGAGCAACAAUCAACUUUAUGGAGAAAUCUCACAAAAUUGGGGAUUUUGUCCAAAUUUAACAACCCUACGACUAGCCGGAAAUAAAUUUACUGGUUCUAUACCAGCUGAGAUUGGAAACGCAACCCAAAUUCAUGAGCUGGAUCUUUCAUCAAAUGGUUUAGUCGGGAAAAUUCCAAAGGAGUUUGGGGGAUUAGCUUUAAUGGUGAAACUGAUGUUGGAUGGCAAUCAACUUUCAGGUCGUGUCCCUUUAGAGUUGAAAUCAUUGAUUGAUCUAGAAUAUCUUGAUCUAUCAGCAAAUAAAUUCAAUGAUUCAAUUCCAAGCUUUGUAGGUGACUUUGUCAAGUUAUAUUACUUGAAUUUGAGCAACAACAUGUUCGGUCAAGUCCACUUCCCAACAUCAAAGCAUUUCAAGCUGCUCCUGCAGAAGCAUUGCAAGGCAACAACGGCUUGUGUGGCAACUUAA